CUCCUUCUGCUCUGCCAUAUAAAGAGACACUGAGCCUUUCGGUCACUUUAAAGAAAGACAAAUUAACGGUCUGCGAAAACCACUGGCUCCAGUCGUGUUUACUAUUAAUAAAACUACUUUAGUGCACUUUUGCGCGUCAGAGCUGAAAGCCAGCGGACCAUGAUGGACUACAUGACGGACAAGUUCCCGCUGAAGUGUGAAGCAGGGAAGGGGACCGACUUUUACCUGGAGCCGCUCAUGGAGCCUUUAGAGAGCAUGCAGUACUACAGCAAGAGCUCCAGCAAGAGCAGUCAGCAUUACACACUGCAAAACACCGAGCACCACAGCAUUCUGGACAGAUCCUCUCCCUGUGACAACCAAACCUCAGCAGCUCCUCAUUACUGCAGCGCGAAGGCGGAUGACGGCGGCGGACACGCGGAGCUCACGGGGCCGCUGGAUGAGCGCUGCGGUGUGAGGACAUCACCGGGGACAACAGCUCGGGACAAAACCGACUUAAACGACAUUGUCGAAAAGUGUGACAGCAACGUGUCCAGCAGCAAAAAGAGACGCCACCGGACCACGUUCACGAGCGCCCAACUCGAGGAGUUAGAAAAAGUCUUCCAGAAAACACAUUAUCCAGAUGUGUAUGUGCGGGAACAGCUGGCCAUGCGUACCGAGCUCACCGAGGCCAGAGUGCAGGUGUGGUUUCAGAACAGAAGGGCGAAGUGGAGAAAGAGGGAGCGCUAUGGACAGAUCCAGCAGGCUAAAAGUCAUUUCGCUGCCACAUAUGACAUUUCGGUGCUGCCCAGGACAGACAGCUACUCACAGAUACCCAAUAACUUGUGGCCAGCUCCAACCCCUGGUGGCUCAGUGGUUUCCUCCUGCAUGCUUCCACGUGGUUCUCCACCGUGUGUACCAUCGCCGUACCCCCACUCACCACGAGCCCCUGAACACAAUUACAUUAGCUUCCCCAACCACCAGCAGAACCAGUUUGGUGUCAAUCCUGUCUCCCUCAACAACUUCUUUACUGAUUCGCUUUUGGCCCCAGCGCCAAAUGGGCAUGCAGCAUUCGAAAGCAAGCCUGAGUUUGAGAGACGGUCGUCCAGCAUCGCUGUCCUCAGGAUGAAGGCCAAAGAGCACACAGCCAACAUCUCGUGGGCCAUAUGAGCCCUGUGCUCAGAGUCUUAUUCUCAACAGUAUUAAAUAACUUUAAUGUAUUGAUAAAGACACAGAUGUGGACAAUUUCUUUGUACUAAGAAGAACUCCCUGCUCCUUGAACUGAUCAUUGACUGAAACGGUUCCAUUGAGGAGCUUCAAUUUGAGCCAGCAUCACUUUUCAUUCGUACUUUGAACAACUUGACAAUACAAAUUUACAAUACUUGAUUUACAUUUUAUGUGUAAAUGAAUGUCUUAUGAAUGUCAACAAACUUUUGCAAUAGUGUGGCUUAUUAUGUAUGACGCACUUAUGGUGAAGUGAAAACAGUAACACAGGGAGCUUUAUGAGCUUAACUACAUUCUGUACUCAGGACUGGGGGGGUUGGGGGGGGGGGGGGGGUUGGGAUGUGAUGUCCUUGACAUGCUUACACAAGUCACAUGUCUGUGUGCCUUGAAGCAAAGCUGUGUACAACUCAUAAAUGUGGCUGACCGUUACUCUGCCACAACCAAAGGGGCACUUUGCACUCUGUAGGGAUUGUAUUUCAAUAAAUUUAUUUGGAGAUUCCACAA